GCUCGACUUGAAAUAACACAUCCGUGUCACUGCUCCCCGGAAGACCGCACCUCCACCUCAUCUAGUAUAUACAAGACCUUAAUAAAUUUCUACCCAAAAUAUAUUUUAAAUCACAUCUUUUAGGGGUGGGAACCGACGUACAUUGCGUUUUUUUUCUGCCCAGACUUCCCGUCUUGUUUUUGCCUCGAACCACCACCGCCACCGCCACCUGCACCGCGACCGCGACCGCGACCGCCACCGUCACCGUCGUAUCCAUAGCCGUCUCUAUUUGAGAUGCUGAAGUUUUGCCACCGUUAACGCAUUGGCCAAGUCCGAUAAUCGACGAGGUAAUCAUUCCAUCCAAAGUAGGGUUUGAAGGCUGAGUUGAAAGGAGGGAAAACAAUGGGCCGCAUUCAUUUAGAAGUUCGGUGUUCCAAGGAAGUUAGAGGAAUUGCAUGUGAUCCUGACCCUGAUUGGAGCUUUGAAGGGCUUAUUUCGGAGCUUAGUGAACUUGAAAACAAGCUGACAUAUAAUUUAAAGAUUUCCUCUUCUUCUGCUAAGACUGAUGGCCGGUAUGCAUGUUUUUUGGGUAUAGUUAUUUGGGAUCCUAGGUGUUAUGAGCCUUUGGUUUUAGAAGAUUGCAUAUAAUGUAUUUGUUUGGAAUGAGCAGAGAAAUUUCCAAGUCAAAGAACAAAGAAGUUCAGAAGUCAAAGGACAAUAAUAAAGGUUCAAGGGCUUUUGUGAUGCGACUGUCAGAUGAAGAUUUUGAGUUUGAUGAUCAUCGAGAUGAGAAAGUUAUUGUUGGGGGUAGGAGAUUUGCUUGUGCGGAACUCUUCCUCAGUGACAAUGAAGAUUCCGAUGAUGAUUCAGUGGUUGGGGUUGAAACCAAGUUGAUGCCUCGUGCUAGCUUAGUGGAUCGUGCUCUUUCAGAAAUAACUAAUGACCGACAACUUGCCAUCAUGGACAAAAUUAGAAGCCAUAAGAUGGACUUGGAAAUGACUCUGCUAAAUGAAAAUGAGAAGUUUGCCUCUAAUCUUGCUAAUACUGAGAAAAACGCCGAAAGAAAACGUGAUAGAGAGAGGAAUUUUGAUCGGCAGUACCAAAGGAAAAUUGCAGAAGCAUUGGAUACUCAUUUGACCGCUGUACAGAGGGAUCAUGAGCAAAAGUCACAAAUAGAAGAAAGAAGAAUAAUAGAUGCAAAAGUUCGUGAAGAGGCCCAGAGAAAGGAAAGGGAGGAAAGGGAGAGAGAAGAGAAAAGGAGACAAGAAAAGAUUAAAGCUGACUCUGAGCUGCAGGCGAGAGUAGAGGCUGAGAGAGCUGAAGCCGAAAAGAAAGCUGCAUCAUUAGAAGCCGAAAGGAAAGCAGCAGCAUUAGAAGCCAAAAGGAAAGCAGAAGAAGCAGCACAGCAGCAAACUUCUGUAUUGCAGAGUUCUCUUUCUCAGUCAACCGAAAGCGUAUGGCGAACAGGCAAUCUCGUUAAAAGUACAGAAACAGCUAUAAAAAUUGAAGAAAAAAGAUUGCAGAUGUACGACAAAGUUUGUGCCGAUAACCGUGCCUUGCAAAUGAGUACUAAUAUGGAUUAUAAUGCUCAUGAACGGAACAUAAAAAGAAAUAUCCGGACCAUGAGGGGAUCACAAAAAAGUGUCAGUGAUAAAGCAGAGGCAUUACUUCAUCUAAUUAAUCAACAAUCUGUUCCCCAGUCCAUCAGUAUCAUGAUGUUUGUGGAUAUGAUCGUUGCCCAGUGCAAUAAACCUACGGACAAUAGAUCUCUUUAUGCUUAUGGUCAACUCGCUGUCCUUGUUGCUUCACAGGUGCCACCUGUCAUGGACAUGCUGAUUGCAAAGUUGAACAGAGUAUGCAUCUACACUGUUCCCAAACACAUAUCUUACUCGAAGUCUGUAUUUACAACUCACGAAGAAUACUACAAUGCAAUUGGUUUUGAACAAGAAGAGGACGGAAAGAUUGAAAGUGUGGAUAGUUUUAUUGGGCGCAUGACGUCUUGCAUGAAACUAUAUGGUGCCAUAGUCCAGACUGAGGUUCGGCGUUUCCAAAACUUGCACGGCAUUGAAGAAGGUUGGGCAUGGCUUGCUAGGUUUUUGAAUGCUCUCCCGCCAAAUUCAUACACAGCAGUUGCGCUUUACUCGUUUAUAGAAAUGGCAGGAUAUGCUCUGUAUAAAAGGUUCAGAAACCAAUUCAUGAAAGUAUUACAAAUUAUAGAGCGAGAUUAUCUGGACGUAUUACCAGAAGACCUAAAGUCGACCACAGCGAUGCAUAAUUUUCGUGAUUAUCUGAGGUCAAAACAGUUUCUGAAUGAACCAGAAGAAAGGCAAUUAAAGACCGAGGUCUUGUCUAGUGCUGUUGAGUUUUACUAGAACUGGCCAUCAUCUUACUUUCUGCAUGCUCGUCUGGGAGGUUGACUGGGCUGGAUCGGAUGAAAGCGCAAAAUCACUGUAACCUAGUUUCUGGAAGCAUUAGAAUGUAGUAUAAAAGUAUGGUGUUUCAUUAGCUGAAGAUAGUGUCGUAGUUUAACAAACAUAUAUAUAUAUAUAUAUAUAUAUAUAUAUAUAUAUUUGUGUUGGUGGAAUACUAAUCUUAUCAGAGCUGGACAUGUAACUUCAGUUCAUACUGUUUCCAUCAUGCUGUAUAAUUUAAGCAUGCAGUGUGUGUUUGUCCAUUCGAUAAAUUUAGUAAUUAUGAUGGUUUAUAUGGAAGAAAGUUGCUAACUAUCCAACUUUGGUAAACUCUUUUUAAGCUGUUUAUAUUGUUCAGAACAGUGGAUGGGAGUGUGAUUCUUACAGCUGCGCAGCUAUAGCAACCCGGUUCCCCCUUCUUCCAAAAUUAAACAAAUAAAACUCAUCCUCACCAAAAGUAAGGUAGAAAAGGGGCUAAAAGGAAACAUAUAGAAUCAAGAAGGAUGCUGCAGGGAUGAAUCCUGAUCUAGCAAAAUUCUACACAGAUAAUAGCUAACCCGGAGUGAACCAAACACAUAUGAAAUGACCUUUUCUGACUGCUGAAAUAAAAUGUAUGUCCCCUCGGGUAUAUAGAUGAUUUAGGAUGGCCCUUGCGCAAGGAUGACACAAACCGAGGUAACACAAAUCCGAUCUUCUGGCCAAGCUUCUUAGUACAAUCGAUGACGUACAGCGGAGCGAUUUUGAGGGUUCUUAUGCCCAGUUUUGAAAAAAGAGUCGAGCUGGUCAUCUAAUCCAUAGCCAUCCAAGUCAGUCUUAGAUUAAACAAAACCUCAAAAAAGAAAGACUGCACUAAAACUCAAGUUACACUUGAAGAAGCAAGCUAGAAGAUCGUGUACACAUGCAACUACACUGAAAGAUAAUCCUUUCAGACUUAGGUACAAAAUUGUAUCUGUGGCCCUCUCGUUAAGUCUUUUCAAUCAAAGUAGAGAUCUCUAAAUAUGUUCUUUCUGCAAGGAUUGUAAAGCCACCAAUAUUGGUUGUUCAAACCCAUAAUUGUUCCGCAGCUUGACUCAACAAGUCCUUCAAUAUUGAAAGGCUGCUUGAACCAGGAUGAUCAUAAGUCUCUUUUUUCCAAGUUGCUACACUGUGCAUGCACAGCAGAGCGCCCUUUGGAAAAUCUGCACGGGCCAAGAACACUGUAUAAGUUUGUCAACCGUCUGUGCAUUACAUUAUCUCGAACGCAUGCUUAUCCAUAAGGUAACUUGGCGAUGGCGCCUUUUGGACGGUAUGAUCUGAAACUGCUGCUAGAAGAAGCUGAGCCAUGGACAGGCGGAGGCAGAGGCAUCCUGUUUGGGGCCUUGUAAGUUCGACAUCUGAGUGAUGAUGACAAUAUUACUAGUGCGUACAUCGAUUGACAUUUAUAUAGCAAAUAUCGGAGUUUUCUACAGCUGAAAUGAUUCUAUAAUUUUACGUACCCUAGUAGGUUGAGUUCAAUUGUAGCCUUAUAUUGGGAAGGUACUUCCAUGAGGGCGGCAAGUGCAAAUUCUGCCUGUUUCCUCUGUGGAUCCACAUUUUUCGACAUUAUCUCCGUAAAGUUCACAAACUGUGACCAAAGAAAAGUGAGAGAAAACACAUCCCAAUUUCAACAUAUAUAUAUAUAUAUAUAUUUUUUUAAAAAAAAUAAAUAAAAAAUAAAAAAUCACCCCAUAGACCCCACUUAAAUGUGGGUAAAACCUCCCUUACAAUCCCUGGGAAUGAACCCUAGUCCAUUACCAAGAAGGACAUUAACCUAAUCACUGGACUGCCAUUCAAUUCUCCUCAAUUUCAACAUAUUUUAGUGCGGUUAAGACAAAGAAAUAACUGAAAAUCUUGCUGAC